CACGAACCAUUAAAGGUCGCAACAAAAUGGCUUCAUCUUCAGCUGUCGGAAAGCUUUCCCGUGAGGAGUUUCGACGCCAAAAGGACCUCGAUGCUGCCAGAAAAGCAGGAACUGCUCCUGCAGCUCUGGACGAGGAGGGACGGCCUAUCAACCCUCACAUUCCUCAAUACAUCUCGCAAGCUCCGUGGUAUCUUGACACCGGCGCACCGUCACUAAGCCAUCAACGUCGGCCAUUCGACGAUCGCUCUGCAGACAAACUCGACAACUGGUAUGACCGUGGUGCGAAGGCAGGACCUGCUGCAAAGAAAUACCGAAAAGGCGCAUGCGAAAAUUGCGGCGCAAUGACCCACAAGAAGCAGGACUGUCUCGAGCGUCCUCGGAAGAAGGGGGCAAAGUUCACGAACAGGAAUAUCCAGGCGGACGAGAUCAUACAUGACGUAGCGACGGGAUUUGAUGCGAAGAGGGAUAGGUGGAACGGGUAUGAUCCUGCAGAGCACAAGAAAAUCUAUGAGGAGUACGAAGCUGUUGAGGCAGCACGUCAGAAACUGAGGGAGGAAGAGAUUGACAACCAAACAACAACAGAUUUGGCUGCGGUACGGAAGCUGGCGAAAGCUGGAAAGAAGGAGGGAAAGGAAGCUGAUCCUGACUUUGGUUCGAGCGAUGAGGAAGACGCCGACGACGACAAAUAUGCCGAUGCUGCCGAUGCCGUAGGACAAAAACUCGACACGAAGACUCGCAUUACAGUUCGGAAUCUGCGCAUCCGAGAAGAUACCGCUAAAUAUCUCAUAAACUUGGACCCAGAGAGUGCAUACUACGAUCCAAAGACUCGCUCAAUGCGUGACGCUCCCAUGAAGAAUGUGCCUGCAGAGGAGGCGAAAUUUGCUGGGGAUAAUUUCUUUCGGUUCUCUGGCGAGGCUCCUGAAGUUCAAGAACUGCAGCUUUUCGCGUGGCAAGCGGCAGCUCGAGGGAAUGAUGUUCAUCUCAACGCCAAUCCCACUCAAGGUCAACUUCUUCAUCACGAAUUCAAGGAGAAGAAAGAGAUGAUGAAGGACGUCAACAAAGUCAGCAUUCUGGCAAAGUAUGGUGGCGAGGAGUACCUCGAACAUGUGCCAAGGGAGCUCAUCAAUGGGCAAACGGAAAAUUAUGUCGAAUAUUCGCGGACUGGCCACGUUAUCAAAGGGAAAGAACGUGCUAAAACGCGGUCAAAGUAUCCAGAAGAUGUUUACGUUAAUAAUCAUACGUAUGUGUGGGGCUCGUGGUACGACCUUUCAAGCAGUACCUGGGGCUAUGCAUGCUGUCAUUCGACCAUCCACAUCUCAUAUUGCGCUGGUGAAGCGGGCAAGGAAGCUACACAGGCUUCGACAGCCCAAGCCUUGCUUGCAUCAUCACAGGCUCAAUCAGAGCCCUCUGCCCAGGACAACGAGGUGAGAGCCCGAAUAGAGCAAAAUUACUCGAAGAAGCGAGUAGGCGAAGGGGACGUCUCUCUAGAUAAGGAUCGGUUAGCGGAGGCCAUCAGCGAGGAGAAGAAGCGGAAAGUCAGAGGAGACAAGGAUGAUGAUCGAUCUAGCAAGAAGAUGAAAGGCUUGCAGAGCAGUAGCCACGAUGUCACUGAGGAGGAGCUUGAGGCUUAUCGAAUGACGCGCCGGAACGCUGAAGAUCCCAUGGCAAACUACGUGGACAGCGAAGAUGUAUAUACGCGAUAAUGUAUUUUACCUUGCUUUCUCCUUGCUCUCUCCUAUUCUUUAUAGCAUAUUCUUUGGAAUUUUGUAUUUGUCGAACGACGUUUGGGUCUAUGUAUUUCACACGAAGUCGAACA